AUGUAUCUGAGGAAACCUCCGGGCCCCGGCGGAUCCCCCAUAGCCCUUGGACUGUGCCCAAAUCCCCGGCCCUCUUCACAUCCUUCGUGGGGCAUCAGACUCUCAAAAAUUUACUUGCGGGAAAAAGAGGCCGACGAAGAGUUUUGGGGAAAGUGGCCAUCGAUCUUUGCUUUAAGAUACAGGAAAAUCCCUCAGAAGCACGUCAUUCACCACGACCUGAAGGAGGACAACGUCCUAGUGGACGCCCAAGGAAAGGUGCACGUUAUCGACUUCGGCAACCCCGAUAUGGAGGGUGAAAAGUGUUGCUAUUGUAGAGCAAGUUGGUCCCCCAUGUGGAUGGCCCCUGAGGUCUUCUCCGUCGUCCUGAGCCAUCCCAUCCAAGACGUAUACUCCGUCGGGCACUUGCUCAUGACAAUAGCCGAGGUCAUGGAAUCUCCAUAA